UAGACAGUAGACACUGUCACAACACAACAGUGGGAGUUGUACUCUGUAGGUCUGCAUUCUACGUUUCUUUCUUUUUCAGUAAUUAUGGAAAUUAUUUUCACAAAUUAAUGAGAAACCGAAGAAACAAAUGCACAAAAAUCUUCCAGUAAUUUAGUGUGCAUUCUUGCCACUUCGUUUGGAUACACGUAGUAAUCAGUUGUAACAUGGUCGACCGAAACCGUCUCAUCACGGCAUUGCAGCUGAAAAAUCAAGAUUCAGAUUUUGGUAAAUUCGCAUGGGGACAGCAAUUGAAUGGAGAAGUUUUACAUGCCUUUGAAAUUCAAGGAUUAGGAAAUUUCCAAUUGCCUUUUUCUGUGGAGGAUGUUGAAAAACUGAAGAGUAUCUCUGAGCCUGCACCUCAUGGCAAGGGACUGAAUGUUGUUGUGGACUCGAAUGUUAAAAAUGCAUGGCAAAUUGAUGGUUCUAAAAUAUCAGCACUACACCCGACAAACUUUAUCCACACAACUCUUGCUGACAUUUCUGUGCAAGCAUUGUACCACCUGCAACUUGGCUGGCUUGUUGAGAAUCUUGACAGUGACAAUGUGGAAGUCUGCAUUGACAAAUUAAUGCUGUAUGAUUCAGGGGGGCACUACAAACGUCUUUGUGAAUUAGAGUUAGAGCAAGGAAUAUGUGCUAUAAUGAUUCUUCAACUUCCCGUUCAAAAUGGAUACCUUGGUGGGCGAUUAAAGAUCGAUCAUGGCUCAACUGCCAAAUAUUUUGAAUUUGAAAAAGGUAGUGACCACUGUCACUUUUUGACGGCUUUCCGUUCCAGUUGUAAGCACGAAUUAGAACCCAUCACAUCUGGAUGGAGAGCGACUUUGGUGAUAAACUUUGUCUGGAAAAAUUCGUUUUAUGUUACAAAAAUACCGCAGACGUUAUCACCGCUCGUCAUCCCAGACGCUCUUCAAUUGUUAACUGAAAUUCGAGCUUCCAUCAACCCCUGGUUCAGACAUUUUAGUCAAGUUACGCAAAGGCCAAACUCUGACUGUCCGGAAAUACCUACCGUUUAUGAGACUGGAACUGAAGUUAACCAGCCAAUCAGUUGUAACACGAAUGCGUUCAACUUGCAGGUUGAAGCAGUUUUGCAAUCUUCGCCUAUGGUUUUGACCCACGAUGUCUCCCGCCAGUUACAUUUCGACUUGAAAGUAGCCAAUAUUGAUCGUUAUUAUCAGACGUACCUGGAAUAUUCAUCAAGCAUUGAUGUUCGUGACUGCGGAGAAAAUCCAAGAAAUACCAACAAGUUGCACCCGAAAGUGGAUAUGCUCGCAUUUCUAUUAGAGAACGAGUAUCCAUUGACGGAACUCAGUUUUUUUGGUUUGAGAGGACACGAUGUUUUUCUUUCCCGGCUCUUGUUGUGCAGUAACUUUCUUGACGUUCACUUGGCCAUCAUGAGUCAGCCAGAGGUGUCGACCGACUCAUCAAGAGAAGACACGUGUAUCGGCGCAGUCCAGAUGGAGCAUUGGAUCAGUUCUAGCAAUACGUUAUUGCCGUUUAAAAGAAUUCUUUUUGACACUAACCAGAUCGUAAGCAAUUUCCAGCUGAAAUCGAGAUGUCACAUCGCUAACCAAGAAGAAAGAAAUGAAAAUGGCGACCGAAUUCCGAAUUGUUAUCAGAAGCAACCAGUUCUUGUGAUAUGGCCGAAAUAUCAGUCAUUUCGCAUCAAAUGCCUCUAUGCGUUUGACGACUUAUUGGAUCGAAUGGAACGCCAGCUGCAUACCGCGAGUCGCGAAAAGACGAUAGAAACUCUACGUCGAAUUAUUUCCUUUUGCUGCGAGGAUCCGCUGGCGGUAUUUAUGGAUUCUACCUGCGCUCCAGGUGAGCGCACCUGUCGUCUUUUGCAUCUUUGCGUCUUUCUUCGAGCCCGACAAGAAGGACUUCAGUUACUGGAACUUAUGAGUACGGAUUUCCGAAAUGCAGAGCUAUGCGGAGAAUCCCAAAGCCUUUGUUACGAAGGGAUUCGCAGCAAUGGGGUGGCUCAAUUAAUAGCCGAAUUCGAGUGUCGAGUUGGUGGAUGGGCCGCUUGUUCACGUUUGGUGUUGAAAAUGAUAUCUCCGAUUCGAUUGUCGAAUCAGAUGGAAUUUAUCGUUAACCUUGCUGGCUACCUCAGGGAUCGCUGCUGUUCAGACGGUGCAUUCCAAAUUAUGGAUCGUGUUGCCUUCAUCCUUCCUAAACUCGACGCGUCCUUUGUUGCUAGCCUCGGACAAAAGGAUAUUGAUUCGUACGCCAAUUUCGUUGUCGACUGUGAAGCAGAUCCGAAAACUGCCAGUGCUCAACGAAUCGUUGGUUUCACCACCCUUUUCCCUCAUCUGGAUCCUUACGAACAGUGCCGUUUGGUUGUUGACCUCCGGAGGCGGAUCAGAUUUGGAGGAGUACCUUCCUGCAUGCAUCUCUAUCAGGAAUUGUUCCGUGCUCUACCUUCGUGCAAUCUGCACGCACCUGGUCCCAUCAAGCAUGUCAUCGUAGCGGUUGUGAGCAGCUUCUUUCAACUCGGCGAUCCGGAAUUGAUCCAAAUUCUCAUGAAAAAGAUCUGCAGCCUUGGUCCAAACACUUCAGAGCGACCAGCUCAAGAAAACGGCCUGAUUGAUGUGCUCUUGUUGUCUGGCGAAUUUUGGGAUUUGGCCACUUCAUCCGAUUUAGGAAAGUCGAUGCUCACCAGCCUGAUUGAGGCUCAGAUUUUAUCUGUGAUGUGUAUGUUCAAUCAACUCAUUACUCCCAGUGAAGAAAGUCUUGAGACUCAGCAAAUCCGACCAACAGGUGAACUCGAGAAAUUGGAUUUUACGAAGAGGAUCGAUUUUCUGGAAAAUCUGUCACAGCUAGAGCUGCAUAAUCAACAUUGCGAACUAAUUCGUGAAGCACGCACUGCUUUGAUCACCACCUGGAUUAAUGGAUUCUGCCUGUUACUGGAUCGGGAGAGGUCUUUUGCUACGCCUAGUUCUAGUACUGACCCGCUUCAAGUUAACAUCACUGUUUUCUUGAAAACAUUUAUCAAGAUGGAAAAGAAUCUUUACGAUAACAACCGGCAAAAUGUUUCCAUUGGUUUUUCCCACUUGUUUUCAAAAAUGUCUAUAAAGAUAUUAUGCCAACUAAUUCUCGAUCUUUACAAGAUAGAUUCAGUGACCCAGCCCUGUUUGAAGAUUGUUUCUUCGUGCUUUACUGUGUACAGGGACCUAAACCGUCAAUUUGUCGGAGAAGAUGUAAUUUCACUACUGACGCCUACUAUAAAACUUGUCGUGAAAAUUGCCAAAUGUCUUUUCUGGCUCGGGGACGACGUGUCGUUGGAAACAUUUUGCCAGAAGAUAUGCACCAGCGUCCCAUUGAACGAAGAAAAUCUAUUGGUGAAAAAAAUCGUCUCCUGUAGCAGCGUUUGGCCGCUGGCCUGCACAUCUCCUCCCAGUCUGGCCACCUUUUAUGUUUUCUUGGAUCGGCAUAUCGACUACUUGAAAACUAUCGAAGAGCCUUUUUUCUCGUUUGGGCAACCUUGCGCCCAGUUGCCGCAGUAUCCCGAGGUGGAAGUUUUUCUCCGCUCUUCGGAGGAGAGAAUGACUUAUCACAGUUUGGCCAGUAUUUUUCACGCGCGCAGUUUUGCAGAUGAAUUAACUAAGGUGUGCUUGAAGAACGGGUGGUGUAGCUUAAAAGUCCAGGCGAUGGGCUCAGCCAGGAGUGCCUUCUGCGAGAUCGUGAAAACACAAGACAUGUAUCAGAUGAAGAUGAAGCGAUUUCAAAUUGUGCAACAAGAAUUAUCUGAAAUGCUUUCUCUACGCCAUAAUUUUGAAAGUAAAUCCACAGAGAGCGAUCUGUCAAAAAGGUUGUCGGACAUGCAUCAUAACGUGGAGAAUGUUUUAUGCUCGGCCAUGAAGAGUGAUGGAAACGAACCAGAAAUCAUCGUUAUUUCUGAUUAAUCUAACUCGGAAACUGGAGCCGCCUAUAAGAUUGCUUCCCCCCUCUGUACUUAGCUGAUUGUUCUUUGCUAAUGUUUCGAAUAAUUUUUAGAACCUUUUCUGUUGCUGAGCAGCAAAUCCUAAAGUGCAAUUGUCGAGAACUGGAAAUUUAAUUUGGCUGUGAACUGUGAUCUCUUUAAAUGUUUUAAAUCUGAAAUAAAUCUAUGAUAUAUCUAUCCAUACCGAUAAAAGCCAUAUACACAUGUAUGUUUCUCAUA